UGCGGGGCGGCGGGAGGAUCUGUCGCUGUGGGGAGGUAGGAAAAUGGCGCUGACGCAGGGCACCAAGCGGAAAGUCUGCUAUUACUAUGACGGUGAUGUUGGAAACUACUAUUAUGGCCAGGGACAUCCAAUGAAGCCCCACAGGAUCCGGAUGACCCACAACCUACUGCUGAACUACGGCCUGUACAGGAAGAUGGAGAUAUAUCGCCCUCACAAGGCAAAUGCAGAAGAGAUGACCAAGUACCACAGUGAUGACUACAUAAAAUUUCUGAGAUCUAUUCGCCCAGAUAACAUGUCUGAGUACAGCAAGCAGAUGCAAAGAUUUAAUGUUGGGGAAGACUGCCCUGUGUUUGAUGGGCUGUUUGAGUUCUGUCAGCUCUCUGCUGGAGGUUCAGUUGCCAGUGCUGUGAAGCUGAACAAGCAACAGACAGAUAUUGCAGUGAAUUGGGCAGGAGGCCUUCACCAUGCUAAGAAGUCAGAGGCUUCUGGCUUCUGUUAUGUCAAUGAUAUCGUCUUGGCUAUCUUGGAGCUCUUAAAGUAUCACCAGAGAGUGCUGUACAUUGACAUUGAUAUCCACCAUGGAGAUGGCGUGGAGGAAGCUUUUUAUACCACAGACCGUGUGAUGACCGUGUCCUUUCAUAAGUAUGGUGAAUACUUUCCAGGAACAGGGGACCUGCGGGAUAUUGGUGCAGGCAAAGGCAAGUACUACGCUGUAAACUAUCCCCUCCGGGACGGAAUCGAUGAUGAGUCCUAUGAAGCAAUAUUCAAGCCUGUUAUAUCCAAAGUGAUGGAGACGUUCCAGCCUAGCGCAGUUGUCUUGCAGUGCGGGUCAGAUUCUCUGUCAGGGGACAGGCUGGGGUGUUUUAAUCUGACCAUCAAAGGUCAUGCCAAGUGUGUGGAGUUUGUAAAAAGUUUUAAUUUGCCUAUGCUGAUGCUGGGAGGAGGUGGCUACACAAUCCGCAAUGUGGCUAGAUGCUGGACCUAUGAGACUGCUGUGGCUUUGGAUACCGAAAUUCCCAAUGAACUUCCGUAUAAUGACUAUUUUGAGUACUUUGGACCAGACUUUAAGCUCCACAUCAGUCCCUCAAACAUGACUAACCAGAAUACCAAUGAGUAUCUCGAGAAGAUCAAGCAACGUCUCUUUGAGAAUCUGCGCAUGCUGCCUCAUGCCCCUGGUGUCCAGAUGCAGCCAAUUCCUGAGGAUGCUGUUCAGGAAGACAGUGGGGAUGAAGAGGAAGAAGAUCCAGAGAAACGCAUUUCAAUUCGCAAUUCUGAUAAGAGAAUAUCAUGUGAUGAAGAGUUCUCUGACUCUGAAGACGAAGGGGAAGGAGGACGCAAAAAUGUUGCCAACUUCAAGAAAGCUAAACGUGUGAAAACAGAAGAGGAAAAAGAGGAAGAGGAGAAGAAGGACGAGAAAGAAGAGGAAAAGGCAAAAGAGGAGAAAGCAGAACCCAAAGGGGUGAAGGAAGAGACGAAAUCCACCUGAGAUGGCUGCAGCUGAACAGUACUGUCAGUGUGUAGUUGUCAUAGGUUAGCUUCUCUGGUUGCCUCCUAUUCCAUAGGAUUUAUAUUUUAUAUAUGUUUCUGUAUAUAUUUCUAUAUAAAUAUAUAAAUUACUUGAGAACUGUAAAUUAUUCCUUGCUGCACUCUGCUGGGAGCAGAUAGGGAGGAUUCUGCAGAGUAGACAGACCUGCACUGCCCAGAUUUGGUGACUGGGAAGUUUCACUCUUGCCUUCCACUGCCUCCUUAUAGUGUGUCUUUAAGAAAAAAUCACUUCCUUUCUUUACUCUUUCCUCUGAAAUAACCACCCUUGGAAAACAAUAAUUUAAAUAGAAGUAGUAUUAUCUGCAUUUCAGGUUAUGUGGAAAGAGAUAGCCAUGAAUUUUCCUUCUCAUGUUUUAUUUCCUUUUUGUUUUGUGGGAGAAUCCAAGUUCCUAAAUGAAGCCUGUGAGAGACUAUUCCUUUGGUGUUCGAUUUGAGUCCAUCAUGGCAAGUAACUGCAAGCUGGUGCCACUUCUCAGGGUCAAAUAGUGCAGUUCUUGAAUAGAGUUGGCUACCUCCCUGCAGCAAACUUGCGGGAAGAGAUGAAGCAGCUUAAAAGUGAUCUAAAAAGUGAACCAGCCCCAGAGCCCUGAGGGUGUAGAUCUGGAAAAA